UGAUCCAGACGGCCGAACACCAGGACACCACGAAGGUCACGCUGCUGGCCACCUUUGCCGAGUACCCGGGGCUGCAGGUUCGCUGGUGGAAGGACGACUCCAUCAUCGACGUGACGCACAAACCCGGCCACCUCGUCAUGAACAUCGGCCAGCUGCUCUCCUACACCAGCGGCGGGGCUCUCAAGGCUACCAAACACCGCGUGAUCGACUGUUGUGGUGAUAGGCUGUCCGUCCCAUUCUUCCUGGAGCCACGGUUCCACGCCAACGUGAACGUGGUCCUGCCAGGGUGCGAGCAGAGGGAGAGUCAGCCCAAGUACUACGGCCACUGGCUCUUGGAGGGGAUCAGAAA